CAGUGGGCGGUUUCAGACGUAGCCAAAUUGUUCCCAAGACUUUAUCAAGACAGUAGCUGUCACUAUCCAGCACAUGAAUCAGAAAUUCAAGUAGUGUGCAGUAAAGGAAGCGCUGGUCUCUUACUCUCCUACCCUACUGAAGGUUUUCUUCACUGUUUUAUAUCUAUUCCAAGAUGAGAAGAAGAGUUGAUGAAACUGCUGCAUCCAAACCAUCUGAGGAGAAAUCAGUGAAAAGCGAAACUGUUAAAGUGCAAGCCAGGUCAUCAUGGUGGGUGUGGGUGAAAAGGGGACUGAUAGCCCUCUGCACUCUGUAUGUGGCCACACCGUUUGUUCUGCGAUUCUUUCCCGGUGUCAUACAGUACCUGGUUUAUAAACAUGCCAUAACAUAUUUCGUUGACCUGAGGCGUCCCUCUGAUCUUGGCCUCAAUCACACCGUCAAUAUGUACCUGACUUCAGAAGCAGGAGUGACACUGGGAGUAUGGCACACGGUUCCUGAGCAAAAGUGGAAGGAGGCUCAAGGUAAAAGUUUGGAGUGGUAUGAGCAGUCUUUGGGGGAUGGUUCCCCUGUUUUCAUCUACUUCCAUGGCAAUACGGGCAACAGAGCAGCUCCACAUCGUUUGGGAGUUGCCAAUGUGUUAAGUGCUCUUGGCUAUCAUGCCGUGGUUAUGGAUUACAGAGGAUUUGGGGAUUCCACUGGAGAGCCCACUGCGGUUGGACUGAUCACCGAUGCACUUUAUCUGUACCACUGGGUACGGGCACGCAGCAAGGGCAGUCUGGUCAUCAUAUGGGGUCACUCCCUUGGCACAGUAGUGGCAACUAACACUGCAGUGAAAGUACAGGAGCAAGGAAAACCCCCUGAUGCAGUGAUACUUGAAGGUGCUUUCACAUAUAUAAAAAUACCAGAAGGAUCCCGCCAACCUUUCACCUGGUAUUACUGGAGAUUUCCAUACAUACAGUACUACUUUUCCCAGCGCCCAACUGAACCAAAUAAAUCAGUAUUGCUCAAUGUUGAAAACUUGAAAAAAAUGAGGACGCCUCUUAUGAUCCUUCAUUCUAAAGAUGACCAUGUGAGUCCUUUCAUGAUGGCUGAGGAGCUUUACAGCACUGCUAAAAGUGUGCUGAAGUCAGAGGAAAAAGUCAGACUGGUUGCAUUUGAUGGAUCCCAUGGAUAUCUUCAUAAUGGACUUUAUAGGGAUCCUGGUUUGCCAAAUUUUAUAAGGGAGUUUGUGCAGUCUGUUGCAAAGUAAUCUGAACAAACUCACACACACACACACACACACACACACACAAAAUGUAUAAAUUCCAGAGAUAAUCCACAUACAUUAUGCAUAUCAUGGAUUGCACAUAUAUUAUGACAACUGUCAUACAUCUGUGACUAGUAAACAGUGCAUUUGAAUUCUAGCUAUCAGAUGUAAUCAUGUUUAUAGGAGUAGUCUUGAAGCACUCUUAAACAUCACAAAUUAUAUCUUUAUGACAAUGCCUCGUUAUAUCACGAUUACUACUUUAUAAAGGGUAUAUAAAUAAAUGCUAUAAAUGCUAAAAAGCAUUUAGUAAUAAGCUUAAAGAGUUACUAAAAAGACCCUGAUUAUAAUGUGAUAAAUAAUAGUGUUGUUGAAAGAAAUGUACAGAUAAUUUGUAUUGUAAAUUAAAAAUAUCCAUAGGAUCUAAGAAGAUCCUGAUGAUGAUGAUGAUGAUGAUGAUGAUAAGGUUGAUGAUGAUGUGUACAAAGAAUAAACAUUAAAGUACCUGA